AUGGUUGACGAUGAAAUUCAAAUGGAACAACAACGUUCGAAACCAACUACUAAUGAAGAACGUUUAAUUUCAUUCAAAAAUUGGCUUAAUGAACACAAUGUCAUAUGGAAAAAUGUUGAUAUUCGUUCAUCUAUACUUUAUGGAGGUUCCGCUUUAUAUAGCACAUCAUCAGAAGAAUUACCUAUUAUUGAGAUUCCUACAUCAUUACUCAUGUCAAGUGAAUUAGCUAAGAAUAGUUCAACAUUUAUUCCACCAACAUCUGAUGUAUUCAAUCAAGCUGAACAACAUAUUGAUCAAGAAACAUUAAUUUUAACAUUAUUUCUUUUACAUGAACGUUCAGAGGGUACUAAAUCUUUUUGGUAUCCUCAUAUUCAAGUAUUACCUACGACAUUUUCAACUCCAUUAUUUCAUAAAGAAAAUUAUGUUGAAAGUACAUCAGUAUAUUAUUUAACAGAGACAAUGCGUCAAUCAAUGAGUGAAGUAUGUGAUCUUAUUAAUCCUAAAACAUUUACAUUAGAAGAUUUUCUUUGGGCAUAUACAAUUAUUGAUAGUCGUGGUUUUAAAUUAACUGACUUUGGUACAACACUUAUUCCAUUAGCUGAUUUUGCUAAUCAUGUAUCAUUUGCACAAGAAGCAAGUCUAUGUUCAAAGGGCGUUGAUAAACAAACAAAUAGAUUUAUUUUGAAAACAACUGAUAAGAAAAUUCAAGCUGGAGAUGAAUUAUGUUUAAAAUAUAAUAAUGAAUUAGCUAAUUGGCAAUUAUUACUUUAUUAUGGUUUUGCAAUUGAAAAUAAUCCAUUUGAUUCGAUUUUAUUAGAAAUAAAAAUGGAUCCAAAUGAUACUUAUGAAAUGGAAAUGAAAAAAAUGCUUUUACUAAAUUUAAGUGAAGAUUUAUUUUUGGAUCAUGAACUUAAAAUAAGUGAAAAUGAACCAAUCAUAAGUGAGAAUUUAUUGGCUACACUUCGUUUAAUUGUUAUGACAAAUGAAGAAUUAGAACAAUAUAAUCUAUCAAAUUUAGAUGAAUUACUUUCAUCAAUAGUAAAUACAGAUAAUGAACAACGAGCAUUAAAUAAACUGCUUGAAAUUCUCAAUGAUAUUAAAGAAGUGCAAUUUACAACAACAUUAGAAGAAAGUCUCAACCGAUUUCAAUCGAGUCAAUUAGAUGAUGAUGAACGAUAUUCAUUAAUCUAUUUAAUUGGUCAAAAGCAGAUUAUAGAAAAUGCAUGUCAUUGGAUUAAUAACGCUCUUUCUCAGUUAAAAUAA